AUGAAUAAGAAAUCAGAAAACGAUCAAAUGCGCGACAAAGUAAUAGAAGCACAAAAAAUAAUAGACGAUUUAACCAUCGAUAAGCAAGUGACGGAAGAAGAAUUUCAAAACUUUAUGCAUCGCGUUACCGAAGUUGAAAAAAUUGUGAAGAAAUUAGCAUCGUCUAAUCUUGAGGAACAAAAGCAUGGUCAAAUAUUAGCAGACGAAAUUUUAGGAAAGAAAUCUGAAACAAUUAUUUCCGAAGAUUGUGAACUGAAAGUAAAAACUAAUCGCACGGUGAUUAACAAAUAUUCCACAGACGAAAGGAAUAGUAACGAGCAAAUGUCACAAGAAGCAUUUAUGAAAAGUAUAGAGAAAGAUGCAAAAGAAAGAGCGGACAAUCGUAAAAUUAGAAAUGAACGAGCAGAAACACUGAAAAGAAUUGGGAAUGGGGCAUUUAAAGAGGAAAAUUAUGAAAAAGCUGUUACUUAUUAUGCUAAAGCAAUAGAGCAACGAAAAGAUUCGUCUGUCUUGUGGAUUAAUAGAGCCUUGUCCUAUAUUCACCUUGGAUUAUUUGAAAAAGCCUUAGCCGACUGUGAGUGGGCAUUAAAAAUAAACAACGCAAAUAUCAAAGCCCUUUUAAAUAGUGCUAAAUGUUAUAAACAACUUCGAAACGAAAUCAAAUAUAAAGAAUAUAUUCAAUUAGCAAGAGAAAGAAAUCCACACUUGAACAAAUUUAUUGAUGAAUUCGAGGAAAAUAUAGAUAUAAAAUUGAGUACCAGGCCCGAACCAAUAUAA